CAUAAAAAUGUUCCAUUUGUCUCUUCAUUCUUAACACCCACUGAUCCAAAAUCCUCACUUUAUAUAUUUUCCUCUCUUUUUACACCAUUUCCUUGUAGUAUAUUCCACUCCAAUUAGUCUUUUGCUUUUGUUUUUCCCUCCCUUUGAACCAUUUUAUUAAAGUUUUGUGCUUUAUUUGAAAUGGGUGGGGGAGGAAGAGUGGAGGUGGUAAGUAGCAAAGGAUGUUCAAAGAUGUUAGUGGAUUUAUCAUCUUCAUUUAGAGGGAUUGCAUCUUAUUCAUUGGAACCCCUUAUUUCACCUGCUUCCUCUGUUAGUAUGUCUGAAUCAAUGCUCACAAAUAGUCCAUUUUCUGGACUUGUUAUCUGUGUCACAGGACUUUCUAAAGAAGCUAGGAAGCAAGUGAUGGAAGCAACAGAGAGAUUAGGUGGUAAAUACAGCCCACAUUUGCACCCUCAAUGUACCCAUCUGGUGGUUCAGAGUUUUUCUGGACGAAAGUUUGAGCACGCCUCGAAACAUGGGUUAAAAAAUGGUCUCCUUGUUGUUUCAUUGGCAUGGUUUGUGGAUAGUGUGAGAAGGAAUGUGAGGCUGACUGAAUCACUUUAUAGUGUUAAAGGCGUUGGACAAGGUGCUUCCUCUCUAGACAAUAUCGACAGGCUUGUUCAGAAAGACAGCAAACAGAAUUCAUGUCUUCCAGUUGCAUUGCCGGAACAUAGCAAACCACCUGACAUGAUUGAAGAGCCACUAAUUCAUGCUGAAAGGGAACCUAAGCGAAGAACUCUGUUUGGUCAUACCUUUUAUGUUGAUGCAGAUGUUUCUGAUGAGCUGCGUAGUAAGGUCAUCGAGUCAGCAGCAGCAGAAGGUGCUAGUUUGGUCAACCAGUGGUUUGUUGGUUGUGGUGCGAGUCAUGUAGUAUGCGAAGGAAACUCAAUUCGGAAAUACCUUGGCCAUUCCUCUAACAUUGUUACACCGCUCUGGGUUCUGAAGAGUGCGAAGGAAAAGCACCUGCAAAGGCUUGUUCAUAUGUCUGCUGAUUUGGCUAGGCAAACUGGAAUAUUACUUGAUGGCAUUCAGAAUACGAUUUAUAGCAAGGAAAUCGAUGGUGGUGCUUAUCUUCGAGAUGCAACAAGUUCUAUACCUAGAGUGAGCCAGGAAGAAAGGCAAAAUGUUGCCAAUGUGGCCAAAGAGGGAGUUAGGAAACGUCGUGGUCGGCGUAUGCAGACAUGUCAAACCCCUUUGCGUCACCUAUCUCCGAGCAGCCUUCUAGAUUCCAUCUGCUGGUCGAUAUCUGAACCAACUUCGACUGCUUCUAUUUACAUGGACUCUUCUAGCGUUGAAGAUACAAACCAACAGAACACAUCUGUGUUCUUUGACGCAAAGGAGGAUCACAAAGCAUCUGAAGCUUCAUUUGUGAACCUAUCCCGACCGCUUUCAGAAAGUGAGAAAGCUGAGCUGAUAUUGAAAACCAACUUCCUUACCAUACUGUUUCCAGUUGAUCGAUUUUCGGAGAUGGGUCCAUGUUCCAGGACCAUUUUUAGUGAAAAAGGGUUCACUUGUUUACAGGUCUUGGAUUACAUAUAUGCAUUUUAUCAGGAAAACAUGUCCGUUGGCGAGGUAGAGGUAGCGAUUCACACAGAUUCAAGGCAUGCUGACCGACUAAGAUCAGUUUAUUGCAGUAAAGAGAGUAGCGAGCGUGGUUGUGUAGAGUUCAAACGAAUAGAAUUUCUUGGUAGCCGUAAAAGUUUUGAAAUGUUGAAGCGUGUUUCUGGUGAUAACAACUGUAAUGUCUAUGAGUUAUUGAUCAGAGCAUAAGUUCAUAGGAAAAAAUCUGAUGACAUUUUUACUUUGGUUUUGAUUUGGCUGGUAACAUACAACUGGCCUUCCAAGUGCAGACUUGGAUGAUGAAGAAGGUGGUGAAGACUGCAAGAGAAACUGUACAUAUUCAUCAUCAAAAAUCUUUUUUGCAAUGUGAUGUUUUGUAUAUUUGUAUAGAAAAGCUAUAUAGUCAUACCUCUCUAUAACAACAUUCAUUGUUUAUAACAACAUUUCACUAUAACAACCAAACAUUGUUUGGAACCAAUUUUUCAUGUUAUGUUGCAUUAUAUGUUUUCUAUAA